AUGGAUAUUCAGAGAGAAACAAUAAACUUAAACUCCAAGAAGGUAUCCGAGCUUCUCCUUGCAGGAGCGGAUGUCAAUACUUCAGGAGGUGAAUAUGGAAGCGCGAUCCAGGCUGCGGGGCAAUUGGGGCGCGACGCGAUUCUGGACAUACUGCUAAAGAAUCACGCGGAUAUCAACACCAGAAAUGUAGGAAAGCGGAAUCCACAUGGUCGAACAGCACUUUCAUUAGCUGCGGAGAGUGGGCACGUUUCAGUUGUGAGGCAGCUUCUGGCAUGGGACGGCAUCAAGGUCGACCUAGAUGAUGACAACGGCAGGACGCCAUUGUCAUGGGCUGCUGGGAGUGGAGAGUCUUUUUCGAUCAUAGUAGAAUUACUUGGAAGAUCCGCUGCUGACGCAGAAUCUAAGGACAUCAAUGGUAGAACACCGUUGUCUUGGGCUGCAGGAAAUGGGCAGGAAAGAGUGGUUCAAUUUUUACUCAAGCGGCCCGACUUCUAUCCUGAUACUAGCGAUAAAAAUGGCCGAACACCGCUGUCAUGGGCUGCAGGUAAUGGGCACCAUGUUGCGGUGGAUCUUUUACUUGAGAGGGAUGAUGUAAGCUUCGAUCAUCCGGAUCGUGGUGGCAGAACACCAUUGUCAUGGGCAGCUGAAGCGGGCGAGGUUUCUGUCAUGAAAAUACUUCUUGGGAAACAUGAAGUGGACCCGGAUUGUGAAGAUAAGAACGGAAUGACUCCUUUGUCAUGGGCAGCGGAAAAGGGGAAGAAAGACGCGGUGUACUUACUUCUUUCCCGAGCCGACGUCAAUCACAAUUCUACGUCCUCAGAAAGUGCACCACCUCUCUGGAGGGCUGCGAUGAAUGGACACGAUGGGACGGUCGAAGUGCUUCUCGCUGCUGACAAUAUCGACAUCAACCACAGAGAUAAGUAUGGUAAGACGCUGUUAUCAUGGGCUGCGGAGACUGGGCAUGCCAAGAUAGUCAAACUGCUUUUGUCAACAGAAGGACUGAGUCCGGAUUCUCCAGAUAAAGUCGGCAGAACGGCAUUGUCGAAAGCGGCAGAGGCUGGUCGCAGUGCCAUUGUAGAGAUACUUUUGAAAAGGAACGAUGUCAAUCCAGAUUCUGUGGACGAUGAAAAUCGCACGCCACUCAUAUGGGCAGCAAUGAAGGGGCACAUCACCGUCGUGGAGCUCCUGCUAGCAAAGGAGGGGGUUAACCCGGACUCUAAAGAUAAUAGCGGACGAACAGCAUUAUUGUGGGCGUUAGAGAUGCACCACGAUCAUGUUGUUCGGCCGCUUAUCCACAGGGAUACGAUCAGCUUACAUUCGUUAGUCCAAGAGGGUAGUCGACAAUCAGCAGCAAUCCUUAUUUCCGCGGGAUAUGAUGUCGAUCGGUCCGACUCUAGCGGAACUACUGCACUUCGUCUGGCUAUUCGAAACAAAGAUCAUAAGACAGUCGAGUUACUGCUCAAAAAUGGUGCAGGUACACGAGGGGUAGUGGCCGGCGAAUGGCUCGAUGUAUACGGAAGAGCACGAACGGAUAUUGUACAACUUCUACAAGGGGCCGACGGGCAGAAACACCGGCUUGAUCAAUUGCGAUCGGAGGGCAAGAAUCCCGACCUAAUGCGUCAACUAGCGAGAGAUGCACAGAAAUGGACAGAGCUUCGUGCUAUACUACAGGACCAUAUUACUGUUGCGCAGAACUUCAUUAUGACUUAUUCUAUGCGUUACAAUGCCAACCAAUUUCCAACGGAUCUACAGAAUACGGUCAAUGAAUUCAAGGCUAAGAUCACCCGUCGGCUUGAUCAGCUGGAUCAGACAAUUCGUGAUCUUUUACAAUUUGAAUUCGCCUGGGCAUCGAUAAACGAAAGCAGAAUAUCAACCAGAUUAGGGCAUAACGUCAUGCUAUUCACGUACGUUAGCAUAUUCUACCUGCCAUUGGCAUUCUGUGCAUCAAUAUGGGCCAUACCCAAUAUCACCGACUCCGGAACCAGGAAUCCAUUCAUCAUCACCUCAGUGAUUGUGGGGUUUAUUACCCUAUGCAUAUCCUUCAACCUUGAGAACAUCACCACACUUGGUUGGAGACUGUAUCAAGGCUGGAGAGCUAAAGUGGUCAAAGAUAUGCAAAUCGUUGACGAUGAUCAUUGGAGGGAAAGAGGUUACAGACUUGAAUCGGCCAACAAUCCGAACUCAAGCUUUUCUUCCGAAUGGUGGCUAGUCGGAUACUGGUUCUGGAAGCUGGAUGCCAUGGUCAGAGGUCUCUUAUCGAAGCGCGGAAGACCCUGA